GGCGGAAGCAGACACUAGGUGGCAGUACGGCAUCACACAACGUUGAAUUAAGUCCAAGAAGAAGUAGUCGAUAUGGGAGAGACACCUUGGCGCCCACCACGGGCAUGCGACGUCUACUGGGCUGAAUUCAAACACUGUAAAAGUUUGCGCAACCGUUUCCAUCACUACUACGCCUAUGGGACGUCACCCGUCUGUCUGCAGUGGAAAGACGACUACGAAGCCUGCAGAGAGUGGGAGAGUAAUCACAGUCCACACGCCAAGGCAAGUGUCUUUCAAAGGGAGCUGGUGAUGUCCGGCAACAUGAGCAACAACAACCACUGGUGACUAGAUGCGGCAGUGUCCAGUGAUGCAGCACGCAAGAUCUUCUGCAAGGAGCAAACACUGCUUCUCCUUCAUCUCAGAUGACACGACGCAUAUGUACACUGGUACAUUUUAUAUAAAACACUUUAGAGGCAAGAAUACUGAUUUGUUUUUAAGUCGAAUGCUAGUUGCUGCACCAACAGAGAAAUAUUAUUACUAUGGCAACCAGCAAUAGGAAUGCCUACUGCUGACUUCAUAGUACAGCAACUGGUGAACAUAGCAUAAUAAAGUUUAAGACAUCUUUAGGCAGACUGACAGCAUUUCCAUUGCAUGUUUUUUUUUUUACAACACAGACACAUCUGAUGGCUGUUCUCAGACCGUAUCCCAUUUAUCUUGCGACAUCACUCAUUUAUUUGUCCAUUUCAUGGUUUAUCUGAUUACAAUUCAACAUCAACAAGCUACCUUUUGUUAAAGCUACCUUGUUGUAAAAGGUACUGUUAAAAGUACCUUUUGUUACCUUUUUGUUUUUGCCCUUUGGUUUGAUAUAGGCUGCCUACCUGUAGA